AUGGCCGCUCUCCAGCAACUUCGAAUGGCCGACCGCGCUCGGGUUUUAUGGGUAGAUGCUGUCUGCAUCAACCAGCAGGACAUUCCAGAGCGUGGAGAGCAGGUCAAACUCAUGGCGGAAAUCUACCAUAGUGCGAGCCAGGUCGUGGUAUGGCUUGGGGAAGCGCACAGCAACAGCACCUUAGCCUUUAAGCUGAUCCAGAAGCUUGCUCCUGUGGCCGGUGGAGAAGAAAGCCCACAGUCACAGCAGAGCCAAAACGCAAGCGCAAUAAGGCCUGUAGACCUCACCGACGUUGAAAACGCUGCGUGGGUCGCACUCGAUGCCCUGUACUGGCGUCCAUGGUUUACGCGCGUCUGGGUCAUUCAGGAGAUUGCCGUUUCGCGCUCCGCUGUGAUAAUGUGUGGGGCAGAUAUCGAGACGUUUGACUCCUUCUGCGCCGUUACAAACUAUAUAUCACAGCACGGUCUAACAGCGAUGACUACCGCCGGGACAUUGCGGAUACAGUCGCUCAUGAUGACACGGCUGAAUUUCCAACAGAAAAUUGAAAUACUUUUGAUGAAUCUGCUCGUCAACUUCCGCAUGUAUCAGGCGACGAAUGCUGUUGACAAGGUAUACGCGCUCUUGAACUUGGCAAAUAAUACGAUAAUACAGCCGGACUACAGCAUGGAGGCCAAGGAUGUCUACAGCAAGGUUGCGCGGGAAUUUCUGGCACAGUCGCUGCUAGUUUUGAGCUUUAAUUGCGACCCGAACUGGAAGGCACAAGACGGCAUUGUAUCAUGGGCACCAGACUGGUCCUGCAGACCUCGUGAAGUGGCCUUUCUGUCUCGAAAGCGUCUGAGGCCCUGGCAGGCCGGGGGCCAAGGACCGCAUGUCAUCCGCUUCUCCGAGGAUAGUCGUACGCUGUUUGCUCAGGGGAGAGUCAUCGACAAGCUCAGGACAGUCGGCGAGGGAUAUGCCUACUCGGACGUCAACUUUAGCCACUUGUCCCAGGAUGCUUACGGAAAAAUACUUGGGAAGUUGGACAGCACCGAGGAAGUAACGAAAUACUUUCACCAGAGACGAUGGAGAGGGUGGGAGCAUCUUGUUCUCAAACUCCAGAGCUACCCGGCCACCGGCGAGAACAUCCGUACUGUAUUUCAGAAGAUUCUCAUAGCCAACGCCGACUUUGACGCAUACGAGGGCUCGAGAUCGCUUCCAAGCCUGGAGACUAUGUUUGAUGCGUUUAGAAAGUACGAAUGGCAUAGGGUGCCUCAACGCCCAGCAACGCCUGAGGGACAGACAGAAUACGGCUAUUAUCAGACAUACAUGUACUAUGCAGUAACAGCUUCGUCUGGACGAACCGUGUUCAGCACAAAAAGGGGGUAUGCUGGGCUAGCUCCUUACUCAUCUCGGCCGGGUGAUUAUGUUGUCGUUUUGCAUGGAGGUGGAACACCAUACAUUUUGAGAAAGUCAAAACGAUCCGAAAACUUCAUAUUUAUGGGAGAGGCAUAUUUGCAUGGUUUCAUGGACGGCGAAGGUAUUGACGAUAUCAACUCAGUUCAAGAGUUUGCUAUUGUCUGA